AUGCUGCCGGCCGUGGUCAAGCUCUGCUGUGGGAUCUCCUACCCCCACCUGAGGACCGCCACAGGGCUCCAGCGCACGGCGGCGGCGGUGAUCGGCCUGGAGAUGUCACACUUCCACAGAUGGGGUCAAGUCCAGCGUCACAGCAGCCCUCACGCUGCGCUCUCUGAUGAGCCUAAAUCUACAAUCGUGGUGCCGUGUCGAGAGGAGCAUUAUCAGACGCAGGGACGAGUGGCGAUGGAGGCGGCUCUGGGGAUGCUGCAGGAGGAGGGAGGCUGGAAGCUGGAGGUCACAGAGAGCAGUGGAGACAUCAUCUGCAGCAAGGUCCUGCGCGGGAAGAAGGUGUUCCGGCUGCAAGCGGUGUUGGAGGCCUCUGUGGACGACCUGUACGACGUGCUGUUUGUACGAGUGGAGCAGAUGCACCAGUGGAACCCCAGCAUCCAGCGAAUCAGAGUUCUCCAGAGACUCGGCCCAGAGACCGUGAUCACACAUGAGGUUUCUGCGGCGACAACAGGGAACCUGAUUGGCCAGAGGGACUUCCUGAGCGUGCGCCACAGCUGUAAACAUCGCUCUAAAGUUUUUCUGGGAGGAACCGCCAUCCAGCUGGAGGCCCUGCCCCCUCAGAGCGGCUUCGUCAGAGCGGAGGAUGGACCCACCUGCAUCAUCAUCGAACCCGUGGGAGACUUUCCCAACAAGAGCAAGUUCACGUGGCUCUUAAACAUGGACGUCAAGGGCUGGCUGCCCACGUCUCUGGUGAACCAGGCCAUACCACGGGCUCAGCUGGACUUUACCAAACACCUGCGCAUACACCUGCAGACGCAGAGACCGCCCGUCUGA